UGACAUUACUUCGACACCUUAGUUCUAGGGGCGUGUGGGUGUGUGCCUUGCCUCUUUGACGUGGUGUCAGGCGGCCUUUCCGCCAUGUUAGGGGCUGCGCUUGGGUUUCUUCGCCCAAAGAGUUAGGGCCAGUUGAGCCGCCUCUGCAGGAUCAUAACUAAGGCGGUGGUUGGAGGCACUGCUCAAGCUGGGAAGAAUGAAGAAAGUUGGGUUCUCUCUAUUUUUGGCCACUUCUAAGAUCCAGAAAUCAGAAAAGUCCCUCUCAACCCCCCCCCGCCUUAUCUUUCCCUUCAAGAGCUCUGUGAGAUGGGGGAUUUUGGGUCUUGUAGUCCAUCAAGUGUCAUUGAAGCGGCCAACCUGAAUUUGACCCAACUCCAGGAGGCAGUGGAAGACCGGAGGGCCUGGCGCUAGAUUUCUCCUCUCGCUCUUGGUUCUCUCUUUUGCAGCGACCUGAACUCUGCCCGAAGAAGGACGAUGAGCCUCGGAGGUCUUCCCCAAGAGAUCCUGUUGGAAGUCUUCUCUCUGGUCCCUGCACAGGAUCUGGUUCAGCGCUGCCGGCUGGUGUGUUCCCAGUGGCGGGAGGUGGUGGACUUGGACGUCCUGUGGAAACGCAAGUGCCGCCGGGAGGGCUACGCCAUGCCCGCGCUGGAGAGCUCCAUCCAGGACUGGAGGGCCUUCUACUACCUCUGCAGGCUAAAAAGGAACUUGAUCGAGAACCCCUGCGGGGAAGAUGGCUUCAACUUCUGGGAGACUGAAGACGAGGAUGAAACAUUUGAGGUUGGGCGCAUAGACAGAAGAUACCCCUUUCUACCCAUGCAUGUUCGAUCAGGUUUUGGGGUGUACAGUGGCGGUGAGAAAAAACAGCUCAUCACCUUAAAGGAUCACGGCUACUGGGAUGAACUGAUGGACGAGAUGAAGCCGGAUAUUAUAGUGAAGGACUGGUAAGUAUCAGAGGCCCCUCUUCCCUUAGGGCUUUGUUUUUAUGAAAAGUUUAAGGAAGGCCUGGGUCGAAAAAAAACACACUCAUAAACAGCUUUCCGAAGCAGUCAAAAAUGAGUCCAAAUUUCUCCCAGAAAACUCCCAAGUCCCAGUCCGGGAUUUGAACCCCUAGGCCGCCCUGCUUUCCUUUAACU